UCAUCUUUUAUGCCAAAAUCCCUUUUAAGGAAUCUAACAAAGAACGAUCAAGAUAUUGAGGCCUUCAUAAGAGACUAUGGAACUCUAGUUCCCAAAAGGUUCAACUUUUCAGACAUUAAGAAGAUGACCAACUCAUUCAAACAAAAACUAGGCCAGGGAGGUUAUGGUGGUGUCUACAAAGGCAAGUUAUUGGAUGGCCAUCGUUGUAGCAGUGAAGCUCCUAAAUACAUCCGAAGGGAAUGGCCAAGAAUUCAUCAACGAAGUUGCAAGCAUUAGUAGAACAUCUCAUAAUAAUGUUGUCACACUAUUGGGAUUUUGUUUAGAGGGUGACAAGAGAGCUCUUAUCUAUAAAUUCAUGCCCAAUGGAUCACUUAAGAAGUUCAUAUACAAUGAGCAUAAUCUUAAGGCUGGUCAAUAAUUAGGAUGGGAAAAAAUGUACAAAAUUGCAGUUGGAGUUGCUAGAGGGCUAGAGUACUUGCAUCGUGGUUGCAACACAAGGAUUUUGCAUUUUGAUAUAAAACCUCAUAAUAUCCUUCUUGAUGAAGGAUUUUGUCCCAAGAUCUCCGAUUUUGGUCUUGCGAAACUAUGCUUUAAAAAGGAGAGUAUCGUAUCGAUGUUGGAGGCUAAAGGAACAAUUGGGUAUAUUGCUCCAGAAGUAUUUAGUAGAAACUUUGGAGAAGUUUCACCUAAGUCUAAUGUCUACAGCUACGGAAUGAUUAUUCUAGAGGUGGUUGGAGGAAGAGAAAAUAAAGAUGUUAGAGAGUUUAAUACUAGUGAAAAAUAUUUUCCACAUUGGAUUUACAAGCAUGUUGAGCAAGACAAAGAAUUAAAAUGGCAUGGUGUGAAUAGCAGCGAGGAAAAUGAAAUUGCAAAGAAGAUGAUUAUUGUAGGUUUGUGGUGCAUACAAAUUCGCCCAUUAGAUAGGCCAUCCAUGAACAAGGUAGCAUAAAUGUUGCAAGGGAGCGUUGAAGCCUUGCAUAUUCCACCGGAGCCUUUCUUUUCUUCUCCUUCAAGACUACAGAUAUAUUCUUCAACCACAUCCAUGUCCUAACAGAAAUUAGUAAUUAUUUCCAUGACCGAAUUUAACUAU